CAAAGGAGGCAGUGCCAGCAGCAGCAGCACUGAAUCUAUUCCAACAGACUUCACUCAAAGGCGGCAGCGCGAGCGGCGGGGCUUCUCGCUCCCGCAGCAGCGGCGACCGCGGCUUCCGGAGUCCCGCCGCGAAGAUGCUCAAAGUCACGGUGCCCUCGUGCUCGGCCUCGUCCUGCUCUUCGGUCACCGCCAGUGUGGCCCCGGGGGCCGGGAACCUUGUCCCGGAUUACUGGAUCGACGGCUCCAACAGGGACGCUCUCAGCGAUUUCUUCGAGGUGGAGUCGGAGCUGGGACGGGGUGCUACAUCCAUUGUGUACAGAUGCAAACAGAAGGGGACUCAGAAGCCUUAUGCUCUCAAAGUGUUAAAGAAAACAGUGGACAAAAAGAUUGUAAGAACUGAGAUAGGAGUUCUUCUUCGCCUCUCACAUCCAAACAUUAUAAAACUUAAAGAGAUAUUUGAAACCCCAACAGAAAUCAGUCUGGUCCUAGAACUCGUCACAGGAGGAGAGCUGUUUGACAGGAUUGUGGAAAAGGGAUAUUACAGUGAGCGAGAUGCUGCAGACGCUGUUAAGCAGAUCCUGGAGGCCGUUGCUUACCUACAUGAAAAUGGGAUUGUCCAUCGUGACCUCAAACCAGAGAAUCUUCUCUAUGCAACUCCAGCCCCCGAUGCGCCACUCAAAAUCGCUGAUUUUGGACUCUCCAAAAUUGUGGAACACCAAGUGCUCAUGAAGACGGUGUGUGGGACCCCAGGGUACUGCGCACCUGAGAUUCUUAGAGGCUGCGCCUAUGGACCUGAGGUGGACAUGUGGUCAGUGGGAAUAAUCACCUACAUCCUACUUUGUGGAUUUGAACCAUUCUAUGAUGAAAGAGGCGAUCAGUUCAUGUUCAGGAGAAUUCUGAAUUGUGAAUAUUACUUUAUCUCCCCCUGGUGGGAUGAAGUGUCUCUAAAUGCCAAGGACUUGGUCAGGAAGUUAAUUGUUUUGGACCCUAAGAAACGGCUGACUACCUUCCAAGCCCUGCAGCACCCAUGGGUCACAGGUAAAGCAGCCAAUUUUGUGCACAUGGACACGGCUCAGAAGAAGCUCCAGGAAUUCAAUGCUCGACGUAAACUUAAGGCAGCAGUGAAGGCCGUGGUGGCCUCCUCCCGGUUGGGAAGCGCCAGCAGUAGCCACGGCAGCAUCCAGGAGAGCCAGAAGGCCAGUCGAGAGCCAUCUCCAAUCCAUGAUGGCAACAAAGAUGUUAAAGCUGUUUCAGAAGAAGAGGAAGUUCAGGGAGAUGGGGCUCAAGUGGCAGUUGAGAAGGCAGAAGCCGAGCCAAUGAAGAUACAGGCCAUGGAGUCAGUUGAAGAUGCUGUUGUAAAUGCUCCUGAGGCCACCAACAUGGUGCCCGAGGCACUAGAGGCUGGGAUCAGGCUGGCUGACCCACAAGUGGAGGAGGGCCCUGCAGAGGAGAAGCUGAAGACUGUGGAGGAAGCUGCAGCCCCCAAAGAAGAGCAAGAAAACCAGGCUCUGGGAUUUGGAGCUCAGCAGAAUGAAGUGAUCCUGCCAGAGUACUAGGUGGCUUUCUCCCAGUCUGGAAGCCAAAUCCUGGUACUUGAUGCAUUGUUGUCCUUCAGUGAGGAAGGUGUGGAAGCAUGACAUGCACUAUAGUAAUUCUGUUUUUGAGGUGCAAAAAAUACAUAUAUAUCAGUUGGUAAUCCUAA